AUGGUAAAGGUGAAAGCUGAUGAAAAGAAGAUAGAUGACAAGGCGAGACGAAUUGCUUGGAUUGGCGUAGGUGAACAAAAGGAUGACAUCUCGACAAGGAAAUUCGAUAAAGAAGCCCUAAAAGAGGAUAGAAAGGGCUGCUCAUCGCCAUCCAGCCAAGAGGAACGAAGGGACGCGGACUUGCUAUCAAGAUCUGUCUACCGUCUCGAGAGAAGGGAUAGGCUGUUGCAAUACCUAAGAUUAGGACGUCGUAGUCUAACUAAAAAUUUUGCGCAUUCCUAUGCGCAACGUGAUUGUGCGCCCGAGUAA